AUGGAAGCGCAGCUCAGAUAUCAGCUGAAAUGUGAUGACCUUGUGAGACAGAGGAAAGACUUGCUGACUCAGCGCAGCACACUGGAGCAGGAGAACAGAGACACGAUCGCGUACCUGAAGCGUUCCCUGUUGGAGAAGGAGGACGAGGUGGGCGAGCUGUCGCAGCGGCUGCAGAACCAGCUGCAGGCUUCAGAUCAGGAAAGAGACGCCCUGCAGCUGCGGCACAGCCGGGAGAGGCAGGAGCUACAGAACCGCAUCGAUGAGCUUAUCAAAGAAAACACAUUAACUCUCCUCUUCUCUCCUCUAGCAGAGAGGUUUGCAAGCCUGGAGGCGUUUCAGGGGCAAAAGGAGGAGAUGAUGUCCAGCUUAGAGUCUCUGGAGAAGCAGCUGGCAAGUCAGAAGGAAGAGCACAAGGAUGACAUUCACAGCCUGGAGAUGAAAGCGCUGCUGGAAAAGAGGAGAUUGGAGAGGGAGAUGGAGUCUCACGCUGCAGCCAUGGCAGCAGAGGUGCAGCUCCUGGUGGACCAGAAAGUCCCAGAGACGACCAGGCUGGCGCUGCAGGAGAACGCGGAGGUGAAAGCUUGCGUGGGGCAGCUGUCGGAGCAGGUGCAGAUCCUGAUGGAGGAGAAUGCCGCCCUGCGGGGCUGCAAGAGUCAGCUCAGCACGGAUGUGGAAAACCUGGAAGAAAUGCUCAGAGAGACGUCACGCACCAGCUGCGUCCGUAAGAAGAAUCCCAUGAACCGCCAACUCUCCUCUCAUCACGCGAUGGUGUCUCUGCCUUGGACAGCUCACAAGAAGUGCCAGCAGCUGCAGGCGGAGCAGAAGGACUGCAGGCAGCGGCUCGAGCAGCUUCAGACCGAACACGCAGGAGCCCUGGGCAAGAUGGAGGCGCUGAGGCAGAAUCAGGCCUCUCUGUCUGAACAGUGCAGUAAAAACAGAGCUCAGGUCAGCCGGCUGGAGGCGGAGCUUCAACAGGAGAGGAGGAGGAGGAGCAGGAUGAAGAACAUCAUUCAGGAAGCAGCUGUUGCUCUCAGACAAGCACUGAUGGACUCAGAGGUGGACCAGUGGAAGCAGCUGAUGCAGAGGAUGCUGGUGCUUUUAAGCAGAGACGGAUUUGCCAGCUCCGCUGCUGACAGCGGCAAAGUGAACGAGCUGCAGACGGCUGACUCUGCAGCAGCCCGAACAAGAAGUCUGGAUCCAGAUUGGAGUUUCCAGUUCCAGCUGGCCCGCUACAGGCCGGGAGAUCUGGGUUUUGUGCCUCGCCCCGCGCUGAAACACAAAAACGUGCUCCCCAGGAUGGAAGCUGACUCCAGCAGGAAACCGUCGAGUCUGAAGGCGGACAGCUCUGUGAAGCUCACCGAUCCAGCUGUGACCUCCAAACAGACCAAACUCAAGAUUGCAGUUUGCAACCCUAUUAGUUAG